AUGAGCGGGGAGCUCUGGCUGUGGGCGUUGUGCGCCCUGCUGCCAGCCUUGUGGCUGCUGAGCUUCUUUCGCACCGAUUCUGACCUGACGCUGCUGUGGGCUGCGUGGCUGGGUCGGCGUCCAGAACAGGUGCUGACUGGCAUGGUGGUUUGGGUGACUGGAGCAUCCAGUGGCAUUGGCGAGGAGCUGGCUCUCCAGUUAUCUAAACUUGGAGUCUCUCUGGUACUGUCAGCCCGAAGGGUGCAGGAGCUGGAGCGGGUGAAGAGAAGGUGCCUGGAGAAUGGCAAUGUAAAAGAAAAAGAUAUACUGGUUUUGCCCCUUGACCUGGCUGACAGAAGUUCCCACGACAUGGCUACGAAAGCCGUUCUCCAGGAGUUUGGUAGAGUUGACAUUCUGGUCAACAAUGGUGGAAUAGCACAUUGUUCCUUUGCUGUAGAUACCAACCUGGAUGUCUUCAAAGUGCUACUAGAAGUGAACUACUUAGGGACAGUGUCCUUGACCAAGUGUGUUCUACCUCACAUGAUGAAGAGAAAGCAAGGAAAGAUCGUGAUUAUUAAUAGCCUUGGGGGAAUUAUACCCAUACCACUUACCAGUGCAUACAAUGCCAGCAAACACGCUCUUCGGGGUUUUUUAGAUACCCUCCAGACUGAACUUUUUAACUAUCCAGGUAUAACAGUGUCUACCAUUUGCCCAGGACUUGUGCACUCGAAUAUUUUCCAGAAUUCUUUUACUUCAGAAAUCACUGAGACUUUAGGGAGUAAUGCUGAGGCUCUUUCCAAGAUGGAAACAAGCCGCUGUGCCCAGCUGAUACUGAUUGCCUUGGCUAAUGAUUUGAAAGAAGUCUGGAUCGCUCAGCAGCCUCACUUGUUUAAGACAUAUGUGUGGCAAUAUGUGCCAAUCAGGGACUGGAUAUUUUCAAGGAAGACGUGGAAGAAAGUUAUUGAAGGCUAUAAUAUUGACAAGGUAAUUACAGGACUAGAGAGACUGCUCAGUGGUUAA